GUUUUCUUUGUAUGCCCUUCAGACGCAGCUUUGUGCCAGAGAGUAUGGAACUCAGAGCAGUGUCUUAACGCAGAAGUGAGAUACUAUUUCGAUUCCACCGCCAAACAGUGCAAAUCUUUCAAAUUUGCAAAUUGCCUCGGGAAUGAAAACAUCUUCCCAACAGAGGCGGAAUGUCAAGCCAGAUGUACAGGGCCAAAACCAACAGUAGUUACUCCAACAGGCCCAGGGCCUAAAGAGCCUCCUGUUCCUGCCAGUUAUUAUUGGUACUUCCUGGCCUUGCAAAAGAAUCAAGUCUACGGAAUUCCUCCCUUGCUUAUCAACGGACAAGCGAGUCUUCUUAACAUGGGCUUCCAAAUUGUCAACAAAACGUGGCUUUCCACAACAAUUUCAGCUCAAGACUGUCUCCUUAAUCCGGACAAUUGCUUGAAAGGCUUCACUAUUGGUAUCAAAAUUCGUUUAGACUUGUCUAUCAAGUAUUGCAAUCAGCCAAGAUACAUCAUAGACACUGGUCCCAGCGUCAAAUCUCAAGGUGUGUCACUUUACGUCAUUAAAGGAAUGCUGGUUGCCCGCGUCACGUCUUCAAAGGGAACCUGGCAGGUGCAAACCCCAGCUGCGUUUGACUUCUGGUGCUACAUUUUAAUAACCUGGCAUCCAAAAACGGGACUUCAGUUUUACGGUAACAGCAAUCUAAAAGCCAGUCUGACGGUAGCUCAAGCUAACCCAGCUCCUGUACCUGUGUACAGUGGAAAACCAAACUUUGCUGUUGGGCGUGGUCUAAAACAAGAGUCCAAGCAAAUGUGUGGCCUGGUCUAUAUGUCAUCUAUAGCUGUGUUUAAACAGUACCUUACCCAGGAAUGGGUUAACAAGGUCUUUGGAUUCUUCUGGAAGAACAUUGUGUCCAAGCAACCACUAGUGGAUUACUACAUCAAGAUGAAGAUCACCAAUCUCUCUGGCAAAAAGAUUCUCCUUAUCCCUGGUGAUAACGACCCAGCCAGUGGAAUGCCGAUCAAUGCUAAUGUUAUUGCCAUGAUUACAAAAGACUGUCCGGUUGUGGAACCGAACGUUCCGGCUUUGCAGUUUGCUGUUGUUGAUGCUGAGACGAGAAAACAAUUUCUUUUGAUAAAUGGGACACAGAUUAAGACACUGAGACCUGUGAAGAGCGAGAAUGUGAUACCAAUCCAUCUGGUCAUUGGCAAGCCAGUUUCUAACCAGUGGUAUUACCUCGUCCUCCGAAUCUCGAAUAUGGCCGGCGAUGACAUUGUUAUCAAGCCUUCAGAUGGGGAUCCUGUCGGCGGUUUUGUUGUCCGUAAAAACGUGAUUGCUCUCAUUACAAAGAAAGUCAAGUCGCCUCUGCCCUGCCGCUUUGAAGCAGUCUUGAAGACGAACGAUAAGACCAAGUUCUACAUUAACUAUAAGCCGUCCAUUGUGCUUAAACCCAUCACCACUAAAAACGCUGCCAUUACUCUUACGGUGACUAAGAAUGCAUCUCCAGUGGUUAUCUUCUACCUCAGCAUACGCUUCGCAAACUAUGGAACCCAAAGCGUUUCAAUCACCACAAGCGACAAGGAACCAGCUCAAGGUUUUACGAUUAAGCCAAGAACCAUCGUGCAGAUAACCAAAAAUGUCACAGACAGGAAUGCGGUAACGUUCUGGGCCAAAGCAGCGGACCAUGACUGUGUUCUGAACAAUCAACCUAGCUUGAUCAUCAUUCCUCAAGACAAACCGGGCGCCUUUCAAGUUGUCAACAUUACUGAUAAAUACGUUCCUCCAGUAUUCCCGCCACCUUCUAAUUUGUUUUCAAUCCUUGUGCAAAUCACAAACAACGCGGGAUGUCAAGUGACUGUGAUAUCGAACGACGCCAAACCACUGAACGGUGAAAGGCUACUCCCUAACAGCAUGCUAACUGUCAGUAAACUCACGUCACACAUGAAGCCAGUCAAGUUCUUUGCUGUGGAUUCUGCCACAGAGAAGCGGCUGCUGAUAAAUGGAAAGGAAAGCGUCAAUGUGUCACCGAGCACGAAACAGAUUAUGAUGCCUCUUGUCAUAUCAGAUGGUGUUGGAGAAAAGCCAGUGAUGCCACCACUGUCGCCCAGUCAGUACUGGUCAUUCUUUGUGAUAUCAAAUGGGUAUAUCCCUGGUAAGGCGGCUCUUAAGGUGAACGGCAACUCGCAGACAGUAGACGGUGGUCUGCUAUUAGAUGGCAGCUCUGGUUACCUUAGCUCUCAUUUAAGUGGUCAGAAUGCACUGGUCAAUCCUGGCGAAUUCCUGGACGGUUUUACAUUCGGCUUGAAGCUGAAGUUGCCGGCAGCGGUGUUGCAGUAUGAUAACCCCAGGUACAUCCUGGACACGGGAGAGAAGAGUGUCAAUUCACCCGGAGUCUCGUUUUACUUGUUGAAUAAGAAAAUGGUUAUGGAAAUUGCAACAUACGACACUCGUUGGAAGGCUGAAACAGACGUAAUCACGGACCAGUGGUUUUAUCUUAUCACAACAUGGCGUAUGAAAAGCGGUCUUAAAAUGUACAUCAAUGGCGAGGAACAGGCACGGGACAAGGGAGGGGUGGGUGUGCAGAACAUGAAAGACUGGAAGCAAAAGGAGAACUUCAUCGUUGGACGUAACCUGGGAGGGAACGGAGAGUUCUUUACAAAUUUCUACAUCGCCUCCUUUGUGGUUUUCAACAAUUUCUUGAAGGCACAAGGAGUGUAUUCUGUGUACAAGUAUUACAACAAUGAUGUUUCGGUCCAACCAGCCAAACUGUAUUACAUCACCCUUCUCGUGAACAACACUGAACCAGAAGAGAUUCUUUUGGCCGCAAGUGACAGUCAACCGGCCAGCGGCUUUAUCUUGAAGGGUAAAACCUGUAACAGGAUUGUGAAGAAGCUUAGGAGUCCUUCACCAAUCAAGUUCCGUGUAUGGGGUAUAUCAACUGAUAAGCCGUUCUUAGUGAAUGAUGAAAAAACCAUCUCGAUUGUGCCCAGUGAUUUUGAGCAGGAUAUGACCGACGUCUCCAUCAGAAUGGUGAAGCCUGGGGAUGACAUGUCACCUGCCCCGAGGUUCCACAUGUCAUUCAGGGUGGAGAAUCAAGCUGGCGUCGCAUUAAGGGUGCUCACAAGCGACAAUGACCCCCCUGAUGGCUUCAAACUGGAGCCAGAGGACACAAGUAUCAUCACCAAAGAGGUUAGCAACCCCAGUGAUUUGUCCAUUCGUGCAGUUGUACCGGGCGAAGAGAAGACGUUACUGGUUAAUGGCCUGCAGAAUCUCCUUAUAUCACCCAGUGUGGCGCCUGGAGAUCCCUAUGUAAUGAAAAUCACAGGCAAAGGAGGAGAAGCAGCCCCAGAUGGUGGUAUUGUGGUAAAUACUCCACCAGUCCCAAGUAUCUACUUCUGGAGGUUAAAGCACGUCACGCCACAAGGCUUCAUGGAGGGUAACCCUGCUUUCAGAGUGCACGGAACCGUUCAGGCGAGUGACGGUGGUGUGGCAUUUGACGGACAGACUGGGUUCCUGACCACUGACAUGAGUGCUAAUGACUGUGUGAUGAACCCUGCUCUUUGCCCCAAGGGUCUUUCAAUUGGUAUGAAUCUGAAGUUCGACCAGUCAGUGAAGGACUACAAGGAACCAAGAUAUCUGAUUGACACGGGCGCUCAAAGCUCGCAGACUCGUGGUAUUUCGAUUUAUGUUAAAGAUGGGAAAGUCUUCUUUACUUUGGCGAUUUCACAGAAGGUUUGGGAGGUCUCAGCACCGUUAACAUUUGACAACUGGUUCUACUUGACGGGAACAUGGAGCGAAGUGGAAGGCUUGUCUUUGUACCAAAACGACAUACUUCAGGCUUCAGAUGCUCUGGGAAAACAGGUGGCGUCACGACCGAUAAACGUCGCCCAAACAAACCUAUGUAUUGGCGGAAGAGUUCCGAAUGUGUUUGGAUCGGACUUUGCAAAGUUUUCCAUCAAAUCACUGGCUGUUUUUGACGAAUGUAUCCCAGCUGCUCACACCGGCAACGUAGCUUCCUUCUAUAAAGACUAUGAUGGAUCAGGAGCUGCCACCAAAUUUUACAUCGUCCUGGAAGUCACAAACUUGUCAAAAAAGAAGUUCACUCUGAUGCCGUCCGAUCAUUAUCCGUCGCAAGGUUUUACCAUCACCCCCGGGAUAGUAGCUAAGAUCAAGAAAGCUGUGUCCAGGCCCUCAGCGGUUAUCUUCAAUGCGCAGGACGAUAGUGAGGCACACGAAGCAUUGUAUCUGAAUGGCCUAGAUGACAUUUCUGUUACUCCCACCAAAUCGCCGCUACAAAGUGUGAAAGUGACUAUAACAAAAAAAGGUCAGUCGUUGUCGGAGCCUGUGAUCCCAGCCGAUCAAACGAUGGAGGAGUCAAGUGUUUCAGCACCACCAGUCAAUCCAUCCCAUUCGUGGAUCCUCUCAGCAAUGAACGACAAACUUGUCCCCGGUAACCCACCCUUGGUGAUUCAGGGCAGUUUAGAAGCUGUCCAGGGAGGAUCUCGUUUUGAUGGUGCCAAGAGCUCCUUGAGCGGCGCGCUGCCCGGCACGGCUUGUGUAUGUGAUCCAGACAUGUGUAUUAGUGGCUUUGCUGUGGGUGUUAAACUCAAGUUUAGUGAUGAGUCUUUGACGUAUAAUGCACCACAGUAUGUCAUUGAUACUGGGGCUAGUGCAAACAACAAGGGUAUCAGCGUCUUUCUGCAGCUGAACUCGCUCUAUUUCAAGAUCGUCACAUCAAAUGCGGUUUAUCAGGUCUCCAUUCCAGUUUACGCAAACAAGUGGUUCUACGUCAUGGGCGACUUUAGCAGGAAGACUGGACUCCAGGUCUAUUGUGAUGGUGAGCUGGUUGACGGAGACGUCCUGGGGACGAACGGAAAUCACGUGAAAUCUGACAAUCCCCAGAAUUUCUUUGUGGGCAGCAGUGUCAAUCAAGGAGCACACGCAAGGUUUCAGUUGGCUUCUAUCUCCACUUUCAAGGGGGCACUGUCUCCGAAAACGAUUUCCCACAUCUACAGUUACUUCUGGAGACAAGGAUCUGAAGGAGAAGGUGAGAAAUAUUUCAUGAUCCUGAAAGUCAUGAACAGCAUCGGACAAGACGCUCUAGUAUUCUCUAGCGAUAAUCAAGCACCUAACGGUAUGCUGGUGAAAAAAGGCUCCUCUCUGACCAUUGUGAAGACUACGGUUUCCAAUCGGGCUGUUGACUUCAUUGCCAUGGAUAGCACCACCAAAGCUAGGUUGUACCUCAACAACUUUGCUAAGUUUAAGGUGACACCAAGUCACUCACAAGAGCAAGUUAUGGAAGUCACUCUUGCACCAUCAGGGGAAAACAACGAUGACACGGCUGGACUUGCACCUUCUGCAGUCAUUCCCGCCAGUCCAGUGGCUCCAUUUCACUCCUGGUCUUUCAUCUUCAAAACACACAACAAGAUCGUGGGAUCGCCAGCUCUCAACCUGGUCGGCAACACGCUCAUCAAAGACAGCGGCAUGCUAUUCGACGGUGCCAAGACAUUCGCUGAAACAUCUCUCUCAGUAAGCGACUGUUUACAGGACCCGGGUCAGUGCUUGAAUGGGUUCUCCAUGGGUACCAAGGUGAAACUCGAUGAAGCUUGCAUGUCGUACAAAGAGCCCAGGUACAUUGUUGACAGCGGAGCGCGCAGUCUGACCACGCGUGGCGUGUCUGUGUACAUAGUGAACGGUAACCUGUUCUUUGAAUUGGCUACCGUCAAAAAGGCUUGGAAGGUAUGUACAUGAUGAUAUAACAUGUAUUAAGUGCAGAAGAAAGAGUUUAUAAUAAUACAUUACUAGUUCAGUUUAUGUGCUUUCAAAGGUGACUGGAAACGCCGAAACAAUCCAUACCACUGGUACAGAUGUUAACCCUUGCGAUAGAGUACUUACUACAAACCACAAACUCAUUUUAUUUCGUUU